AUGCAUCUCAUGUAUACCCUCGAUGAGGCGGGCAACCGCCUGUACACUCUCAAGAAGGUCACCGACGAAGCCAAGGUCACCAAGAGCGCUCACCCUGCCCGUUUCUCUCCUGACGACAAAUGGAGUCGUCAGCGUGUGACGCUCAAGCGUCGUUUCGGUCUCCUGUUGACACAGCAGAAGGACAAGGAGCACGCUGCCUAA